AGAAGCCCGGUCCCAAACAUGGAGGCGGCCGUGUUCAUUCUGUCUCUGGUGGACUGCUGUGCGCUCAUUUUUCUUGCGGUCUAUUUCAUCAUAACUUUGUCUGAUCUUGAAUGUGAUUAUAUCAAUGCAAGAGCCUGCUGCUCCAAACUCAACAAAUGGGUGAUCCCAGAGAUGAUCGGCCAGUGUCUGUCCACCAUGCUGAUGUUGGUGUCUCUGCACUGGUUCAUUUUUUUGCUCAACUUCCCAGUGGCCGUCUGGAAUAUUUACAGGUACAUGAAAGUGCCGCUGGGGAACAUGGGAGUGUUUGACCCGACAGAGAUCCACAACCGCGGACAGCUCAAGUCUCACAUGAAGGAGGCCAUGAUCAAACUGGGAUACCACCUGCUCUGCUUCUUCAUCUACCUGUACAGCAUGAUUCUCGCUCUCAUCAACGACUGAGGAUCCAAACUCCAAACCGGGUUCUGACGCCUGGGUUUUUUUUUUUCCUCAAACUGCAUCUACAGCCUGUGACCGGCUGAGCUGAACAGACUCAUGCAUUUAUACACAAACAUCAACACUGUCCAUCACACGCACGAGGAGUGGUUCCCAAACAGUGGCUCUGGGUCAAGAAAAGACCCGAAAUCAUCUAAAAAAUGUACAAAAAUGUUGAAUUGUAAAAAAUAAGUGCCAUAAUGAUUGUAGAAACACGCUUUAGAAAUGAUCUUAACUAUUUGAGAACCACUUAUCUGUUGUUAAAUGUGCACUAAGUAACUUUUCUCAUGGGGGACGCCACCUGAAACAAUAUGAUACGAUACGAUACAUAUCUCGAUACUGUGCACUUUCAAUUCAAUACGGUAUAUUUCAAAACGAUUCGAUACAGUUUAAUAAAAAAUAAAUGCUAAAUCGUGGCUGUGAUACUAAAAGUCUUUGUUAAACCACGUCUUGUCCAAAGUGAAUAUGAAACACAAAUAUUUUAAUAAUCAAAAGUGUGAAAAUGUCAAAUGUGUCGCAAAAACAA